UUGGCGCUAUUGAAACCAGUGACCAGACUGGGUUGAUUUCCAGAGGAUUAAACCUCAUGAUACAUCGGUAGUGUUAAGACCGCUACAGAUAAUUAUCAGCUAUAACAACUCAGGACCAGAUUGUAGUUUUUCCACACCUAAGCUAACAGACAUUUAAUGGACGGAGUAGGCCAGGUGGUCAAACAAUAAAAUCAGAACAGGUAUAAACCAACCCCGCCUUUGCCUCUAAGUCGCCACAGUGAGCUGUUCAGAUAUAACAGAGCGAUCCAGAAUAUCGCCCGAGUUGUGGGUCACUGAGGGCACAGGUCUGCCGUGUAUUGCUUGAUUACCUCGUCACUUAUCUCAUUGGGUAAACCACACUCAACCCUUAUACUUCUGCAUGCAGGCCUGUCCAUCAGACCUAUCAACGAGGCCACGGAUUAUAUCAGCACAAUCUACUCCAGUCACAAGACGUAUUCACCAUAACUUGCUUAAACAAAUUAUGACCAAUGAUAAAAUGACAAGAAAGUGUCGGCUCCUGUGAUCCUGUAUCAGUUGAUUGCCCCGGACUCUCGGCCAGCCAGGAUGGCAUACCCACAGACCUGUUUUCCGCUGAUUCUAUUGCUUCUACGUACAGUUUCUGGAUCAAGCUCCUGUGGUGCCACUGACUGGCAAGCGAUGGUGCAUGUCAACGAGAGCGUCACAAGCGACACAGUUCUCAUACCUUGGUCUCAGGAUGACACAAUUACUCAACCAGGAAACUUUGUCUGGAAACCUGGCGGAAUUUGUAAUACGUUCCUUAAUGUGACAGCAACAGGCUUAAUCACCACAAAGGAUUUGGAUUUGGAAUCUGGGAAUAAUCUGACGGAGCGCAUGACAUGCAAUUUCGAUUGCAAGGAUGAGAGAGGACAGACUCUUAGUUAUCCUCUCCAGAUAUGGCUGGCAAAGAUAAAUGAGUACAGUCCUCUUUUUCACCCCGAUGUGUACCAUUUCCAUGUUCCAGAGCUGUCUCCAAAUGGAUAUGCUGUGAACAAAAAUAUCGCUUGGAAUGUUACCGAUAGGGACGUCGGCGACAAAGUCGCAAGCUAUUCCUUUCAGUCAAUAACUGACCAAGCCUUUUAUCUUUCUGAUACUACGAGCGGGAAAAUAGCUGUGAAGAAGGCGUUGGAUUACGAGACUGGUCCAAAGAAUUACACUGGAAUUCUUUUGGUUUUCGAUGACGACACAAACUUGAGGCGUACUGGAACCGCCACUGUUUUCAUAUCAGUGGAGGACGUUGAUGAUGAGAACCCUGGUUUUAGGUCAGAUCAUUACAGCCUACAGAUCCCGGAGGAGAAUUCCAGUUGGACGAACGUCCCGUUAUUCACCAGUCCUAAGCUAGAGGCCUUUGACCAAGAUCUGGGUGUAAACAGCGACAUUUUGUACAGACUCGUACCCGGUCCACCUGAACCACAGGCGCUCCACGAGCUGUAUCACAAUUUCAAUGUGGACAAGGACACUGGGGCUAUCACGAUGGCAAACAAGCUAGACAGAGAGCAGAUCAGAAAGGAUGGGAUUACUCUACCUUUCUCUUUGUAUAUCGAGGCGUAUGAGAACAGCACGAUUCAGCGCUCCAACAUAACAGUUGUCAGCAUCACUGUGACAGACUUGGACGACAAUCGGCCUGUGUUCUCACAUUCCUUGUAUACGACGGAAAUUGUAGAACAGCCUACUUUCGGCAGCACCGUGGCCUUCGUGACGGCCACGGAUAGUGACGAGGGCGUAAAUUCUUAUUUCACUUACAAGCUUCUAAACGGCACUGAAUAUUUUGGGGUGACGGGCAACGAGACAGGACCAGGAAUUAUUGUAGUGAAGAAUGGCACAACGCUGGACAGGGAAACGAACCCAACUUAUUGGAUCAAAAUUGGAACAAACACAGACACGGACCAAAAGCACACGACUAUUUUACAAAUAUCACUACAAGACGUCAACGACAAUGUUCCUAUCUUUGAUGAAAAGGAGUACCAUUUUGAAGUCCGUAACAGAACAGCUUCGGGAGGCUCGUCUAUGGUUUUAGUUGGUGAUGUUCUGGGUACAGUAUCAGCAUCCGAUAAAGACGAUGGAGAAAAUGGCAGAGUUUCCUAUUCAUUUGGGAGUCCCGGAAUCGAUGGUUAUCUGAGCAUUGACCCAACGUCCGGAAAAAUAACGGUAUCUCGUACGCCUUUACCCUUGGAAGGGGACAUUGCUUCAUUGGAGUUCUAUGUCAAGGCGACAGACCACGGCAACCCUCGGUUGGAAUCGGUGACGUUAGUCAAGGUAAUACAAUACAAUGACGACAUCAGUUAUUUCCUGUACGCUGAUGUGUCCGCCGAUCUUCUGAGGCGUGAUAAGGUCCCCUUACAAGGAAAUCUGAGUGCAAUACUGGGUGAGGACGUGACAAUAGCUAAUGUGAUACCGGACAACAAAGGUGGUUUGGAUUUAUCCAGAUCACAGAUUCAACUCACGGCCACCCAUUCCAACGGUACCCCAGUGACAAGAGAUCAGCUCAGAAGCCUGGCUAAUCGUCAUCACGCAGAAAUCCAAGCCUUGUUCGAUGCCUACAAGCAGACCAAUCCAUCAGGGGAGAAUUCCGAAGAGGGGCUGGGUCCAGCCGUUAUCGCACUCAUUGUCAUUGUCUGUGUUGUCUUCAUCACGGCGGUCAUUGUCUUAUUGGGAUACUGCCACAUGGCGCGGAAAAUGAAGAAGUUGGCGCGCUUGGAUCAGAACAUGACUCUGCGACCGACAAUUUAUGAAACUCAAGAGUUGAAAUUAGACGUUGAGGGCGAAACCUCUGAUUAUGACAAGUCCGAGUCCUUGGAAGAUGAAGACGUGGCAGAAAACGAUGUGGAAGAGGGCAUUUCUGAACUCCGAUGGAAUCCCGCUUACACUGGGGGGGAUAAUGUGGUCAAUUUUUCGGAAGUAACCGAGCUGAAGCAGUACUUCACAUACCCGCCAGUUAGGAGUUCGGAGGAUACUGAAGCUGAUGUCAGUGAUACGCACAAAAGCCAGGGUGACGCUGACACGGUUGUUAGUCAGGAAAAAGCUACUGACGGCUCCGUUACAGACGUCGAGGACACAGAGAACGUGUUAAGUGUGCCUCUACAUGGGGCAGCAACGGAUGAGGUUUCAACACUCACUGAAUUAACAACCGUACCCGAACCAGAUAUGGACAGUGAUGAGUCAAGAGCUUCUUCUCCUGUGUCUGAGACAGUGCCGUUUGAAAGGGAAGACGGUCCUGAUGGCCAAGAAGAGGUUUCUUCGCAAUCACAGUCUACACCCCCCGAAUCACCCAAACCGCCACGAACCGAACAAUUAGUGCCACCUAGAGAGACUGACGGGCGUGCUUCAUCCGACAGUCUUAUUCAUCUCGCGCCACCCAUUCCAGUAACUAACUCGGAGCCUCAGUUGCCACUACAAAGCACGGGUUCCCUUGAGCACUACAACCCUACAGAGGAUUACGAUAUGAACACGGAGACAGGCAGCGUACCCGACACAGAUAGUAAUGAAGUAGCACGGGGUGCAGGCCCAGAACCUGAUCCGGAUUAUAACCACCUGGUGCCAUUACCUGAGCCCAAACCAGACUAUGCUAAGGUAUCCUUCUCUGACACAACCAUUGCCAUUGAUACUGACAACAAGGUCGAAGUUAUCAAACAGAUCCACGACGAAGAAGAAUCGGUUAGCGAGGAAACAUCCACACAAGCAGACGACGACGAUGUUGCAAAAGAUGACUUACCGGCAGUACCAGACGCUACUAAACAACCGCCUUUAACUGGCAAUAGCAAUCAAGUUGUUAAUGACGAGAUGCCAUCUACCACUGACCGUAAUUCGGAUUCAAAGAGCAAUCUUCUUCCACCGGCGGGUCCAUCCGAAUCAAAACCGGAAGUAACCCUUGGCUUCGCUAACGCUGCGUUUUUACAGGAGUUGAAGGAAAAAGCCAAAGAAAUCAAGAGUAAAAGCUUUUAUUUUUCUGAACUGUUAACACAUUUUUAGGAAAUAAAUUGAUUUCAUCCUAAUUUAGUGACGGUUUUUCCCAGCUCACCAUUAUCCGAUCACAACUGUGCGAGGCUUUCAUUCUGAAUCGGAUAAUCGACAAUUACAUGAAAAUCACAAGGCUGGAAUUUCGGCUGGGUAUACUUGGAUGUUCUGACUUCAAGGAUUAAUCUAUUGUCAUUGGUGCUAUCUCUAAAUGUUUCAUCAAGAAUUAUAAGAAACAUUAAGAAUCCAUGAUCCUGUUCUGUUUUUGUCGUGUGUGCUUACUGUGUUUGACAGGCAAUGUUUCCACGCUUAUUGACCGAAUUUUUAUUUAAUUCUUAGAUGUGUGGGAUGCAUUGUUCUAUUAAUCUACCAUAAAUUCGGCGUUAUCCACGUUUGUUUGUAAAACCCAAAGCUCUGUCUCAUCCAUGUGGAUAUCUAUAAGCAAACGCCUACAUUUACAAUAAUCCAGGUGACAAAAAACACUUCAAUAUGCAGCAAACCCAUUUAUAA